CACAGCAGGGGGUUGGAACUGGAUGAGCAUUGUGCUCCUUUUCAACCCAGGCAAUUCAAUUCUAUGAUUCUGCGAUGACCUCUUUAGCAGAGGUGGGGGGAAAACACAGCCAGCAAAGCUUUUCCUCUGGAAAGCUGCAUACAAAGGUCACAACGCUGUUUUUCUUUUCCGAUCAGCGCUGACGAGCUGCAGCAGUGACACUGUGUGCUUCAGAAGCCUCAGCAUUGCAGCAGCGGUGCCUGUGCGCAGCGCUCAGCUGCACAAAUCCCCCGCAGCCAUCCUCCCCCACAGUGGAAGCCGCAGGGCUCGCAGGGCUGUGCUCACUGCUGGGUGCCCCACAUCUCACCCUCUGCCCCAUCCCCAGGAUGAAGGCGGUGGGAUGCAAACCGACAUCCUUUUCAUUUCUAGCUUAAAGCAGCACUGGGAUCAUUAUCUCUGGCAGGCAGGAGGUGACGUGCAGACGCGGGGGCUGUCGGGAAGCGGCGGCGGUUCCGCCGUGCUGCGACCCCGGUAUGGCCCUGGUGUGAUCCCACUGUGAGCCCAGCACAGCCCCAUUACAGCACACAGCUGCUGCUGCCCUGCACACAUCGGAUUCCGCACUGCAAUGGCUGCAGCCUGCAGCUUGCCCAGGUGCAGUUGGGGCUCACAGCUGUGACAUCUGCUGUGACACCACGGGGCGCACAGUGGGCUGGAGGGCUCUGAGCCCCUCUGCUGCCUGCCAUGGCCCUGCCCCAUGCAUCCAUGCUGACACGCCGGUGUCUCCGCCUGCUGACCCCACAGCCCGUGUUCCUGAGCAGCCUGCCUGGGUGGGACUGCCGACAGCCAACAGGGGAGACAGCAGCCAAGAGGAGAAGGAGGAAGGAUGGGGAGGGCUGCAGCCUGCCAGCAUCCUCCUGGGAAGAGAGGUUGGCAGAUGCAGCAACGCCGCUGUGGAGACUUUCAUACCAGGAGCAGCUGCAGGUGAAGUAUGAGAGCCUGAUGGAGGUUCUGCAGAGCCUGACAUCACAUCUGUUGGAGCUGAGAGGAGGUGUGCAGGAUCCCGGAGGGCUCUGCUGUCCCCUGCAGCCCGUGGUCCCCUCGCCCACCGUCAAUGGGUACCGCAACAAAUCCACGUUCUCUGUGAACCGAGGGCCGGAUGGGAACCCCAAAACGGUGGGGCUGUAUGUGGGGACGGGCAGAGCAAGAAAUAUUGUCUGCGUGAGAACUGACCACAUGAAGAACAUACCCCUAAAGCACAAACAAGUGGCCCAGUGCUAUGAGCAGUUCAUCCGCCGCUCCCCGCUGGGCUCCUGCAUCCUGUUCCAUGAAGGUGGGCACUGGAGGGAGCUGGUGGUGCGCACCUCCCAGCACGGCCACACCAUGGCCGUCGUCACCUUCCACCCCCAGCAUCUGGGCCAGGAGGCUCUGGCUGCUCAGAAAGCAUUGCUGAAAGAGUUCUUCACCUGCGGACCUGGAGCAGCGUGUGCCCUGACGUCACUGUACUUCCAGGAGAGCACCAUGACACGCUGUUCCCAUGAGCAGUCACCCUUCCAGCUCCUUCAUGGAGAGCCACACAUCUUUGAAGACGUGCUGGACCUGACGUUUCGCAUCUCUCCAGAUGCCUUUUUCCAGGUGAACACGAGCGGAGCAGAAGUGCUGUACCAGGCAGUCAGGGAGCUGAGCCAGGCUGCCACAAACACUGUGCUCCUCGAUGUCUGCUGUGGGACGGGCACGAUUGGUCUCUCUCUGGCUCGCCACGUGUCCAAGGUCAUUGGUGUAGAGAUAGUGCAGAAGGCAGUAGAGGAUGCCAGGUGGAAUGCAGCAUUCAAUGGAAUUUCAAACUGUGAAUUUCACAGUGGAAAGGCAGAGGCUGUGUUACCAGAGCUGCUCUCAUCGUGGGAGGAUGCUCGACCCCUUGUUGCAGUGGUGAACCCAUCCCGGGCUGGGAUCCGCUGUGCUGCCCCCCCAACCCCAGGAAGAAGCUGGAAGGAGAGCCGUUUGCCCCCACGCUGGCUGUCCCUUUCGACAUGUUCCCUCACACUGCUCACUGUGAGCUGGUGCUGCUGCUCACCCGCUGACAACGAGGAGGUUUGCAGCUCUGCGAGCUCAGGAAGCGACCUCCUGAUGUCCUUAAGGAGCGGAUGUGGCUGCGACUUGAACUUAUUUUUAUAUGAAUCUCAAGAAGUGAGUUAUUUUCUGCUUGCUCUUACUGCAGGUUGCCUAAUCUACAUGGAAACAUAAUGAUUUCUGGAAGUUGUUUUCUCAUUGGGUUGCUCUGCAAUAGCCAAAUAAAUAGAUAAGCCAGGCUAAUUGCAUAAACAAAUAGAAGGUAUCUGUA